CCACUCUUCUCUAUUCCUUCUUCUUUCCUCAGCCUCAGCCUUUUCAUCUGCUAAUUGUCUCUCCCUUUUGCUUUUUCAUAUUUUGUUCUUUUUCCUUCUCGCCUUCCACACUCCUAAAAGUACGAUUGACUCGGAGAAGGCGAAGCUUGGAGCGGCAAUGGAGGAUGCUCGGAAAUAUGUCAAUGUCUGCUUGCUGGUGCUAGUAAUGUUGUUCAUUGGAGCCACGGCCAGAGUACAGAUCUCUGAGCCAAGGAAUGUUGGAGCACAGAAAAUGGAGAGCUUAACCAACACGUCAAUGGCGGCCAGAGCCAAACAGGCUGAGGAAUUGAAUGACCGGGCUGUGGCUGCUGACCCGGAGGAUGUUGCUUCCCAUACAGUAAUGACCAUCCGGAACAGCACUGAAAGGAGAAAGUUGGGAUUUUUCUCCUGUGGAACUGGUAAUCCUAUUGAUGAUUGUUGGCGUUGCGACCCCAACUGGCAACGCAACCGGAAGCGCCUCGCAGAUUGCGGCAUUGGAUUUGGUAGGAACGCCAUUGGUGGUCGUGACGGUCGCUUCUAUGUAGUCACUGACUCAGGAGACGAUGACCCGGUCAACCCAAAGCCCGGCACUCUGCGGCACGCCGUGAUCCAAGACAGGCCGCUCUGGAUUGUAUUCAAGCGCGACAUGGUGAUUCAAUUGAAGCAGGAGCUCAUUGUGAACAGCUUCAAGACAAUUGACGGGCGAGGAGCGAACGUCCACAUUGCUAACGGAGGCUGCAUCACCAUCCAGUAUGUUACAAAUGUCAUAAUCCACGGUCUUCACAUCCAUGACUGCAAACCCACAGGCAAUGCCAUGGUAAGAAGCUCCCCAACCCACUACGGUUGGAGGACCAUGGCGGACGGUGAUGCCAUUUCCAUAUUCGGGUCCAGUCACAUCUGGGUCGACCACAAUUCCCUCUCUCACUGCGCUGACGGCCUCGUAGACGCUGUCAUGGGUUCUACCGCCAUUACAAUCUCCAACAACCACUUCACCCACCAUAAUGAGGUGAUUCUGCUGGGCCACAGUGACUCUUACACGAGGGACAAGCAAAUGCAAGUGACCAUCGCUUACAACCAUUUUGGAGAGGGACUCAUCCAGAGGAUGCCGAGGUGCAGGCACGGAUAUUUCCACGUAGUGAACAACGAUUACACCCACUGGGAGAUGUAUGCGAUCGGCGGGAGUGCAAACCCCACCAUCAACAGCCAGGGAAAUAGAUACAAUGCUCCGCUUAACCCCUUUGCCAAGGAGGUGACAAAGCGAGUGGAGACGGCAGCGAGCCAGUGGAAGGGUUGGAAUUGGAGAUCGGAGGGAGAUCUGAUGCUGAACGGUGCUUAUUUCACCCCUUCCGGCGCCGGAGCUUCAGCCAGCUAUGCCAGAGCCUCCAGCUUAGGAGCCAAGUCCUCCACCAUGGUUGGCACCAUGACUUCCAAUGCUGGUGCACUCGGUUGCAAAAGAAGCCGUCAGUGCUAGCACCAUCAAUAUUUCAAACCAAACAUUAGGGGUCUUUUUAUUUUCCUUUUGUGUCUUCUUCUCGGCAUUUUUACGAUAUCAUAUUAUAGCAGGGAGCAAGUUAUGUGCAUUGUUUUUGUAACCUCACAGGGUCUUGUGUUAUUGACAAGUGUACAUUUAUUACACGCGUCAACUUCUUGUCCUUGGUUUCACAUUGUGUGUGUAUCUAGUAUUGUCAACCUCAGCGGCUCAUCCUGCUCCAGCCCAAACAAACAAUGCCAUUGAAGGAGCAGGAGCAGAAGCGUGGUCCACUGUUUUUUCCUCCAUCCUCACCCGCCAUUUCCAUUGAAGCAGCGUCAGCUCAGGAUCGUUAUAUACUGUUAAAGUCUUUUUCAUUUCUAUAGGAUUUGGAAUGAAUUCAGAUUUUUCACCCCCCCCGGCCUUUUAUCUCUGUUUCUAUUCAAUUAUAUACAACAAGCAAAAGCACGAUUGUCAAA